GCCGCCUCCUUUAUCUGGCCAUGGGACCAGCAAUAUGUGAAUGAACUCACAUAGGAAGUGUUAAAUUCCAUGUUAAAUAUGUCAAAUUCCACCAAGUUAAAAAAAUACCAAGUAGAGACAAGAUCUACAUAUUUUGUUUGAUUCUGUUGGAAAGUGCACCAUCACAUGUAUGACUUCGAACAUGUGACCAAAUGAUAAAGUACUCAUGUCUCUAACUGCUAAUUGAUACUACUGAUUCUUUUUGUUCAUCAUCAGAUCUCAUAGACUUCAGUUCAUUCGCUUGAAAAGAUUGAAUCCUCAAACUCCUUUUGAUUCCAUGGAGAUUAACAGUGAAAAUCUUGCAAACAACGAACUAAUCAGUGAAGUAGUUGUAGUAAUUGUUCCACUUCAAGCUCAAGGCCAUCUCAACCAAUUUCUCCAAUUUGCCUGUCUAAUUUCCUCUUAUGGUCUCUCUGUUUACUAUGUUGGUUUAGCCAACUACAAUCAUCAGGCCAAGGUUCGAGCCAACGCUUUAAAACCUUCGGAUAUAGCCAAGAUCCACUUUCAUGAUCUCCCAAGUGGUAGAGGCGAAAUCCCGACAUUUUGGGAUGCUUGUACGCUCCUACGCGAUCCCAUUGCUUCCUUCGUUCGUGAUAUUUCCUCCAAAUCAAGACGAGUUGUUGUUGUUCAUGAUCCUUUAAUGUCCUAUAAUGUUCAGGUUGUUUCUUCUUUGCCCAAUGCUGAAUCCUAUAUGUUUAAUUGUGUUUCAGCUUUCUCUUCGUACAGUAUGAUCGGCUUAUUUGUGAGGUUGUCUGUCCAACAUGAAGAGUUUCUUAAAAAGCUACCCUCCUUAGAAGGAAUUAUGACAGACGAAGCCAGGAACUUUUCAGUUUCUCAGAUUCCGCAUAUGAAUAUUAGAUCAGGUGAUAUCCAUAAUACAAGUAAAGUAAUUGAAGGCAAGUAUCUUGAUUUGCUGGCAGAAGUAGAAAUUUAUCAGAACAAGAAACAAUGGGCAAUUGGACCUAUUCUGCCUACUAAACUGGAUCAUAUCUCAAAUAGGAACAAUAUAUGUUUGGAGUGGCUGAACAAACAACCUCGAAACUCAGUUCUUUAUAUAUCUUUCGGAACUACAACUUCAUUUUCUGAUAGAGAAAUCAAGGAGCUCGCGAGGGGCUUAGAACAAAGCAAACAGAAGUUCAUAUGGGUGCUGAGAGAUGCCGAUAGAGGAGAUAUCUUUACUGGGGAAGCUAGAAGAGUGGAGCUUCCGGAAGGGUUUGAGGAAAGGGUAAAAGAAGUAGGCUUAGUGGUAAGAGAAUGGGCACCACAACCAGAAAUCUUGGCUCAUUCCUCCACGGGUGGGUUCUUGAGUCAUUGUGGCUGGAACUCUUGCAUAGAGAGUAUUACUAUGGGGGUGCCUAUAGCUGCUUGGCCUAUGGACUCUGACCAACCGAGUAAUAGUUUCUUGGUGACAGAAAUCUUGAAAAUAGGCCUGAUUGUGAGGGAGUGGGAGAAACACGAGGAGUUGGUAAGGGCAUCCACUAUUGAAAAUGUUGUGAGGACAUUAAUGAGAUCAAAAGAAGGUGAUGCAAUCAGGCAGAGAGCAGAAGAAUUGGGAGAAGCUGUAAGGCGGUCCACGGAGAAAGGGGGGGCUUCGCGAAUGGAGUUGGAUUCUUUCAUCGCACAUAUCACAAGAUAGACUUGUUUUCACCAGAAUUUUGCAGGGAUGACGAUUCUACCGCUUUCUUGUUUGAUUUUCUCUUUCCAAGCAGUUUGGUUACUUUUCAAUUUUCCUUAAACCUGUUAUUUAUCUGAUCCUCGGCUCCGAGCCUCGACUUAUUUACACUACCUUAAAUUUCUUUGAUCUUGGAAUGCACUGUAUCUGAAACUUUUUACGUCUAUCCCUGAGAUGAUUUCUUUGUAUUUCAUUUCUCUCUGAAGGUCAUAGCUUAACAGAUAAUUAAUCUGGUUCUAACAGAGUACAGGGUUGAU